GAAGGUAAAAAGGUAAGACGAGGUAAAGAGCAAAAGACGAGUCUGGAGAUUUUAAUUGACAAAAAUUUUAAUGGAUUUUAAUAUGGACGACUUAAUGGAAUAUCUUAUUAUUUUAUUGGAAAUAUUAUAUUUUUUCCUAUUUAAUUCUAACGAUUCCUUAUUAAAUCUCUUGGUGUUGUUAUCCCUUGGAGUAUUGAACUUAGUAAUGAUGGAAGACGUUUAUACCGAUCCAGAGAAAGUAGAAUUUGUUCGUAUACUGCUGUUUAACUUCUUUGUCAUUACCUUUCUGACGAUUUCAGUAACUAUGAAAGAGAUAAUAACAUUUUAUUAUAGUGACUCUCUUCGAUGGUACGACCCGGAAAACGUCACAUUUGUUAUUGUUCAAACUGGAUUGUUUCACAUCUGGGCCCAUUGGACGGACAAAUUCGUUACGAAAUUUCUAUCAGACUGGAAUUUUGAACUGGCGUUGACAUUCGUCAAAAAAAUUUGAUUUUAAGAAAUUUUACAAUACAA